AUGUCUCGCCUGGACUCAAUAGAUGAGGCGGAGCCAUUCCUGCCACCGUCAUCUUUAUCAGAGUCUAUCGAGACUCCAAUACGUGCGUCAAAGCCAGUGCUUGUCAGACUAUACAUCUCACACAGCCUGUCGACAUGGAAUUCGCGCAUGUUUGAGUUCGGAGCGGUCUUGUUCCUGGCCUCGAUCUUCCCAGGCACUUUGCUGUAUGCUUCCGUCUAUGCACUGGUGCGCUCUUUGUCUGCCGUACUGCUAUCGUCUUGGUUGGGAUCGAUGGUAGAUCGGUCGAAUCGACUGAAGGCGAUCCGACAGUCCAUUAGGCCGUCCUAUAUCUCUCCGCUCUUGUUCGCCGUGGUCACUCUGCUUGCGUGCUUCGAGAAGCUGGCUUAUACAGCCAACACCGUGGCGGUGGAAAGAGAUUGGGCAAUCGUGGUAUCAGAUGCUUUACAAAUCCCAAGACAAGACAGCUUUUCAACCCGGGUUGCAAUAUGGACGACCUUGGGCAUUAAUGCUUCAUGCGUUUUGGUAGAAUAUUUUGCAAUUGCGCAGGUAUACAAAUCAGUGCCAGAACUGGUGCGAAAUCAAGAAACCGAUGAUAAUCAAAAUGAAGGAGAAGAAACAACCUCUGAUGGCCAGAAUUUCCAACGCAGCAUAGCUCACAGCACGGUGCAGUACGCUAGAAGCGCACUUGCUCCAUGGCGGGAAUAUGUCUCUAGUCCUCUCUUUCUGUCGUCAUUCGCCCUCAGCUUACUUUAUCUUACUGUCCUUUCAUUUGGAACGACGAUGGUCACCUAUUUGCUUCAUACCGGCUUCAAUUCUCUGCAAGUCAGUGGCAUGCGAAUUGGUGCUGUGAUCGCAGAACUGUCGGGGACAUGGGCGGCCCCAUUCAUCAUGAAUAGAAUCGGACCCAUUCGAUCCGGGUUGUGGUUUCUGAAUUGGCAGUUCACCUGCUUAGCCGCUGCGGUUGCUGCCUUUGCAUUCCUCGACAACAGUUCCCAGCUUGUUGCGGUGAGUCUCAUUGUAGGCGUUGCCCUAAGUCGCGUUGGACUAUGGGGGUUCGACUUAUCGGUACAAUUUCUCGUGCAGGAGGGCGUUGAUGAACAUGCACGCGCCCGCUUUUCGUCUACGGAAAUGGCACUGCAGAAUAUCUUCGAACUGUUCUCGUUUGCAACGACCAUCGUCUUCCCUCUGCCAGAGCAGUUCAAAUAUCCAGUAUUUAUCAGUUACGGGGCAAUUGCAAUGGCAGCAGGACAUAUGAUAUGA